GCGUCGGGCAUCUCUAGUAUAAUAAGUAAUGUGCCGUGGUGAGCGGUGAUCAGAUUCACGCGUUGGUCAUCCCCGUUACGCCGUGGCGCGGAUGACAAUUGGGCGACCACCCUUGUACCUGCAACAACACGCUCGAUUCACCUUCAAAUUACUUGAAGCAAUUUUGAUCCGAUGAAGUCGCUGCAGUUGAAAAGCGGGGCAAGUAUGCCAUGUAUCGCACUCGGAUCAUGGGUAGGGACUCACCCCAAAGAGCGUGCAAAAGCGUCUUCUUGGCUGUUAACUGCGCUCGAGGCCGGGUACAGGCAUAUCGACACAGCAGCAUUGUAUGGUACCGAGGGCGCUGUUGGUGAGGCCGUUAAGCUAUCUGGUAUACCCCGGAAGGACCUCUUCAUUACUACAAAGCUUCCUUGGCAUCACACUAGACGCGUACGUGAGUCUCUCGACGAAAGCCUGAAACGCGCUGGACUCGAUUACUUCGACCUGUAUCUCAUUCACUGGCCUCAAGUUGUGGUUUACGAAAAUGAUCAUCCUGCUCCCUUGAACGCGGAUGGAUCUUUGAUGCUUGAUGAAACGUGUGACUUUAAUGAUACCUGGAAGGAAAUGGAAAAAGUUCUUGCCAGUGGUAAAGUCAGAUCAAUCGGCGUCAGCAACUUCUCGAUAAAAACGUUGGAACAGCUUCUAAAGACGGCCAAAGUUAUGCCGGCUGUCUUGCAAAUUGAAUUACAUCCAUAUCUGGCACAGAAUGAGCUUCUGCAAUGGUGCAAGGAAAAUGGCAUAGCAGUUGUCGCCUACGCUGCCACCGGUUAUGCGGUUGUCCGCGAAGAUCCGACUGUUGUGGCGCUCGCGAAAAAGUAUAACGUCACUCCAACCCAGAUAGUGCUGUCGUGGCACAUCAGACGAGGGACGGGCCUCGUUACAAAGAGUGAGAACGCCAGUAGGCAAGAAGAGAACUUGAAGGUGAUUAAACUACAUGAAGGGGACGCAAGACGGAUUGAUGCGUUGGACAAGAAUAGAAGGCUUUGUAUAAAGCCUGAUAAGCAGGGAAAGGUGUUUGGGUGGACUUUCGAUCGCCUGGGAUGGCAAGAAGAAAGGACACCUCAGGCAGAAGCAAAACUUUAGAGGUGGAUUCCAAUGGAAUCACGCUGGAACUGGAAUUGACUAGGUUUCAUUUGAGCUGAUAAACGUCUGUCAUUUGUCCCCACUUGCUGUAAGUGUCAUUGUGUUAU